GCGGGGCGGGGCGGGGGCCGGAGCCCGAACUAGGGAGGCAGCCGGGUGGGGAGGGGGGGAGGAGGCGGCUGCUGGAGGACGCAGGUCUCCAGAGCCGCAGUCAGGUCAAUCUGAAGGGCUGGGAGCACCUUGUUUUCUCUUCUAAGGAUUUUGCCAUCCUCCCCUUGGCACCAUGCUUUCCCCACAACGGGCUUUGCUCUGUAACCUUAAUCACAUCCAUCUUCAGCAUGUCUCCCUAGGCCUGCACCUGUCCCGCCGUCCAGAGCUCAGGGAAGGGCCCCUGAGCACACCACCACCCCCUGGAGACACAGGGGGCAAAGAGAGUGGAGUACCUUGUAGUGGGACCUUGGUGGAUGCCAACUCCAACAGUCCUGCAGUUCCCUGCCGUUGCUGCCGGGAGCAUGGUCCAGAAUUGGAAAAUCAUCAAGGGGAAACAGAGGAGGAAGAAGAGGGGGUAGUAUCCCCCUCAGAUCCUGGCUGCUCGUCUUCACUCAGCACCUGUUCAGAUCUCACUCCUGAUGAAUCUCCUGUCUCCGUUUAUUCCCGGGACUUCCCACCAGAGGAGGAAGCCCAUCCUCAGCCUAGCAUUAUCCCUUUGGAUGAAGGCUCUCCUCUGACCACAGGACGUGCUGACUGUAGCCCAGAUAGCUUCUGCUGCUCCCCAGAUUCUUGCUCUGGAGCCUCUUCCCCUUCUGUCACUGGUCUAGACUCCAACUGCAAUGCUUUGCCCACGUUCCAGGACCAUCACUCCUCAGCAGCGGGUGAAGAGGGAGAGGGAAGAGAGCAGGGUCUCCUUACCACUGAGCUCCUUGAACAGGCCUUGGAGACAGAUAAUGAGAAAACUGAAGCUGGCGGGAAAACUGGAUCCAGUUGGAAAAUCAUUAAUAGUUGUAAAAUUGACUCUAUUAACACUAACUCUGGCUGGAAAACUGACCCUGAAAAUAAUGACCCUGGCUGGCAACUCAAUGGCAAUUCAGACUCUACCUGGAAAACUAGUACUGAGAAUACUGACUCUACCUGGAAACUUGCUGAGAAUAGUGAUUCUACCUGGAAAAUUGGCCCUGGAUACAGUGACUCCUCUUGGAAAACUAGUACUGAGAAUUCAGACUCUAGCUGGAAAACCAAUGCUGGGAAAAUUGAAGGUGACGUCAAUGGGGAACCUGUGCCCCACCGGACAAUCACAUCCUUUCAUGAGCUGGCCCAGAAGCGGAAACGGGGCUCAGGGCUUCUUCUCCCCCCACAGGCCAAGAAGGACAGGAGUGACUGGUUAAUCAUCUUCUCCCCCGACACAGAACUGCCUCCCAGUGGGGCUCUGAAUGGCUCCCCUGCCCCUCCCCGAGAGGUCACCACCUUCAAGGAGCUUCGAUCCCGAAGUCGGGCCCCACCCCCCCCAGUGCCACCCAGGGACCCCCCAGCUGGCUGGGCCUUGGUCCCACCCAGGCCUCCACCUCCACCAGUACCACCCCGAAGGAAGAAGACCCGCUUGGGGCUGCAGCCCAUUGCUGAAGGGAGGACUGGGGAUGUUAGGCCUGGCAGCCCAGUGGCCGCUGACGAUGUUCCUGUAGGGAAGGAACCUGCCCAUCCCAGGGAGCCCCCUGACAUAGAGGCUGGCCCCCUCCUCCUCCCUCGGCCCUUGGUUUUUCGGUUCUCGGCCGACGGUCGUCCCCUCUUAGAGGGCGCGGGAGCAGGGGGAGCCGGCUCCCUGCUCUUGGCCCCACUGGCUGGGUGGCCUGGCCCGGGGCUGCGACUGCUCGGGGGGUCUAGCCCCACGGAGGAGCAGCUGCUGCCGGUCCGCCUGUCGCCCGUAGGGGCUUAUUCGCCCCCGGCCCGGGGGGCCUUGCCCUGCCUGGCCAGCCCCGAGUUGGCGCUGCUGCUGUCCCCGCUCUUCCCCAGAAGCAGCACCUUUCCCUCUGCGGCUCCCCCUCCCCGCCAGGUAGCCGCCCCCCUGCCGCCACCGCCACAGUCGAAGGCCCCGCGCAGACCCAGGAGCCCGCCACCGCCACCCAGGCAACUCCGGAGUUCCUGGUCUUUUGCCGGUGUACCUGGGGCCCAAUGCCUGUGGAUGGCAGAAGCCAAGCAGGGAUCUGGCCAGCUGCAAGAGGAGAAGAAAGGCCUCCUGAUUGCAGUUAGUGCCUCAGUGGACAAAAUCAUCUCCCAUUUUGGGGCAGCCAGGAACCUCGUGCAAAAGGCCCAGUUGGGGGAUAGCCGAUUGAGCCCUGAUGUGGGACAUCUGGUGCUGACCACAUUGUGCCCUGCCCUCCAUGCCUUAGUGGCCGAUGGACUAAAACCAUUUAGAAAGGAUCUCAUAACAGGGCAGCGGAGGAGCAAUCCUUGGAGUGUUGUGGAAGCAUCUGUGAAACCUGGUUCCUGCGCCCACUCCCUGGGAAACCUGUAUAAUCAGGUCAGCCGACUGACCCCUCUCAGCAGUAGCCGAAGCCGAUUCCAUGCCUUCAUCCUCGGCCUCCUCAACACAAAACAGCUGGAGAUAUGGUUUUCCAACCUUCAAGAGGAUACAGGCCUCCUGUCCAUAUUGUACCUGCCUACAGCCUUCUUUUCACUGGCUCGAGGAGGCUGCCCGUCCCUUUCCACUGAGCUGUUGCUUCUGCUCCAGCCUCUGUCUGUCCUCACCUUCCACCUGGAUCUCCUAUUUGAGCACCACCAUCACCUGCCCUUGGGACCUCCCCAUCCCCCAACUCCCCCAGGACCGCCACCUGCACUGCAGCAGACAGUACAGGCUGUGUUGGGCUGGGGGGAAUGGUUGGCCCAGAGUCUUCGGGGAGGUGCAGGCGAGGCCCCCAAAGGUCCCUCUCCAUCUAGUGGCUGGUGGGAACAGCUGACCCAGGCUUCCCGGGUCUAUGCCUCAGGUGGGGCGGAGGGCUUCCCUCUUCCCCGCUGGGGUUCCCGGAAACAGGGUGCUCCAAAUGAGAGCACGAAGGAAAAUCUGCCAUCAGAAGAAGAGCCCGUCCAGACCAGACGCAUGUGGCUGGGGAGACUGUUUGGGGUUCCAGCAGGGCCAACAGAGACAGACUGUGGUCCAUUAAAGUCCAGGAGACCAUCCAGCUGGCUAUCUCCAGCUGUGAGCGUGCUGGCCUUGGUGAGAAAGGGUGGUCCCCCUGAGCCAAGCUUGCCACCGGAAGAGCUCGAGGCCCCAGCCCCCAGGGAGCUCCCCGUGCAGAGGGCAGUCCGGGCCCUCUGUGAUCACACCGCAGCUGGGCCUGAUCAGCUGAGCUUCCGACGUGGGGAGGUGCUGCAUGUGGUCUCCACCGUGGACGAGGACUGGCUCCAGUGUGGGCGGGAUGGGGCUGAGGGUCUUGUGCCUGUGGGGUACACCUCCCUCAUUCUCUAGCCUUGGAACCCCUUCUCCCUUCCUCUCUUGUGUAUGUGCCACCCCCUCCGGUCACCUGGGAAUGGAAUGACCCUGGAGCAUCCUUCCCCUCACAUAAAAUGAAGCUUACCAGGAGCACUUUCCCCAUCUGUAAAAUGGAACUAUCCUCCUUGGCUCACUCGUAUUUAAUAUGGAACUUCCCUUCCUCAUACUCCUAUCUGUAAAUUUCCAUCCAUCCCUGAUCUGUAAAGUGGAACUUGUUCUUUUGCCUGACUCCUCCCAUAUGUAAUAUGGAGCUGCAUUCUUCCCCCCCUGCCCCCAUCUGUAAAGUGGAAAUGCCUUCUUUGUCCUCAUCUGUGGGUAAGCUCUACCAAUAUACUUGCCCCAUCCCACUUCCUCCCCUACCCAAGUGGAUGGAAUCUUAAAUCUGUACCUACCCCCUCCAUUGGUCUGUAUUUAUUGAGCAAUCAUGGUGAACUUAUAUACUGUAGCACUGACCUCAUUAGUAGGGGGCCUUUGGAGGCUGCCCCACUUAAUUCAUGGUCGCAAUAAAGUGUGGGAGCUGAG